AUGUAUCUCUCCGGCAGGAUUUCGCUCAAAUGUAGGCCACCGUUCAGCUCGACUCAGAGUUCAGAGGCAAGCAGGGCGACGCAGAGUCUGGAAUGUCAGCUUGUCAGCGCACAUCUUCCAUGCGGACUCGAAGACGCUGCCCUCCACCUCGACCGUCAUAAGGCUGCUCUUAUAAUCGAGGGACACGAGUGGAAGGUCAAGCAACUCGAGGCGAAGCAGGAUCAGACCAUUGUCGAACACGCCCUCGGCCUGAAAAAGGUGGAGCCACCAAUAUGGUUCAUGGUACAUGUACUGUCCAUCCUAUCUCCUAGCGGACGCUGAGGACGCUUGGUUGUACAGCGCACUGCCUACUCCCUUCCUGCCGUUCCGAGAGCGUGAAUUUAUC